ACUGCCUAAUUGACCAAAGGCAAUGGAUAUGCUUGUGUAGGGUUGUGUGACAUCAGAAUUUAUCUGGAUUAUGGUUGUAACCAUCUCCUUCUAGCUUAAACUUUAAUGCAUUUUGAUGACUGACAUGGGUAUAUACCCGAAUUUUGAUGGUCAAUUGAUAGUUUAACAGCUGUUAAACCUUUUCUUCUACUAGAGUAAGCUGUUUUUAAGCAGUUGUGCUUUGAUCCAAAGAUUACUUUGGAGUCAUUGGCAUAUAUUAGAGGAAACUGGAGGUGGUCUAUUCCUGCUUGUUUCUUUUGUUUGGUUGCAGGGCAUGUGGACCUUGCUGGAAUGAAAUGCUGAAUCCCACUACCCCUCGUUGGUCGCCAAAGGGACCAAAGGGGUCGUUUUUUCUGAUGGGUUGUUGUUGGCAAGCUCGCAACCUACCUCAGAGUCACAGUGGAAGGAUGCGAAAGAUGCUGGUGGCUUUUCAUAUACAGCAAACUGCCAAUUAUCUUUUAUAAAGCUAUCUUUGAGGAGGUAAGUCUCUGCUGAGGUCCUUGUGAGUGAAAUUUUGAUAAGAGUACAAGAAUGAUUUUCUACUUGGCAAUGCGUUUACCAUCCAAUCUACCACUAAUCGCAUCAGUCCGAUGGAAAAUAUUGCAAAGCUACAGCUGAGCUGUGAUCGGUCUUCUGCCCUGAAAUUGGGAGUGCUUAAUAACAUUCAGCAAGAUCCGUUGAUAUAAUUUAGAAUAAAUUAUAAAAAUCUUUAUAAGAUUAGAGGUAAAUUAUACUCACACAAUAGUUUGAAAAAUCUAUACUUAUUUCUUCUGAUGUUUAAUUUUAUCCAACACUUUAAUCCAUAACUUAGCAGAAUGUUCAUUAAACUGUUAAUCGUAGAUGGGAUUGGAAUACUAUGUCAGAAAAAAAUGCAAAAAUAAUCAAAAUAAUCUUAAGUGAUAUAACAACCAUCUAAAGAGGUAAGAAAAUAUGUGCAUCAUUCUUUUUAUUCAAAAGUAAUUUUGACUUUUUAUAUAAAAUAAAUGAUUUUAAUAAUAGUGUUAAUUUAACUAGAUGCAAGUGUAGAUUUUACAUUUAAUCUAAAAAAAAUGUAAUUCUUAAUUAUUUUUUUUGUAAUUUACCCUACAAUUUAUAAAAUAUUAGGCGCUGCAAAAGCAGUAUAUGAUUUAUGCUAUCAAAGUAUGUUUAAUAGGCUGGCAUGUGAACAAAACUAAAUAUAUGAGAAGGAACGGAAAAAUAGGUGGUGGUUGCAGUGGUGGGGAGAGAAUCCCAUGCAACCAAAUCAAUAAAAAGAAGGGGGACAUAUGGGGCCGCUAGGUAGAGCUAAAGCAAAGACUAAGGACUGAAGGGUAGAAGACUUGUGCAUGAGCUCAACGGCACUCCCACUUGAGUAUAGAGAGAGAGGAAUAUCACCAAUGAUUUUCAUGUGCAUGUACUCGCAACUCCUCCAAGCUCUUCUUCCCCAUCCCUUCUCCUUCCAUCUUACCUCUCCUUUUGCCUCCCAUCUCCUUUGUCUUGGUUCUUUUCAUCCCUCCAAACUUUUGAUUUCAACCUCUGAACUCUUGUGGACUCUUACCACAAUAAAGUCUAGAGAUUAGAAGGUUGUGAUCAUCAUAGCUGGCUUUCUUAAUGCUUCUCUACCAUCUUGGUUUGUCACUAUUAACCAUAUCUAUAAAAUCCUACCUUGCCAUUCUUACCAUAAGAUAGGAAAGAUAUGCACAAAUUUGGAAAACAUUAUCCUUCUGAAAGGUGUUUUUGGUAGUCUUUUCCAUCCCACCUUUAUUCACGCCACCUUUGCCAGCCCAAUUCACGCUGAAUUAUCUUUCCUUCCCUGCCUUCAUUACUAGAAGGAAAAGGAACACCACAAUUACCUUCUCUUCUUUUACCUCUUCCUCUUUCCCAUCUCUUUCUUCUCCUCCUCCCCCACCACACAACAAAGAAAGCUGAGGCGAAGAAGACAUGACCCAACUAUGCAACUCUGAUACCCGCCUCCUCCUGGGCCUCAUACUAGAUGACUUGCUCUCCUUUUGCUCCUUCUUAGCCUCCCACCCUCUCCAAUCGGCCUACUUUGUCUACUUCUUCCCUUACCUUUUCCGGCUUCUCUCGUUCCUCUCUCCACUCAUCCUCUCCACCUCCCUCCUCCUCCUUGCCCUCCUCACCAUCUCCCCCCACCUUGAUGGCUUCCAUUUCUCACCACAUGUGCUAUUUGGAAACACUUGCUCUAUUGUACUUAAUACUUUAAAGGUAGAGCUCGAAGGUGACUCCUCAGUCGGGCUACUAGAGCAACUGGCGUUGAUGGUUCUUGUGCCAACUGACGAUGCUAGGCCGUACUUCAAAGAUCCGAUCAUGCCAGCAUUGGAUGGUGAUGGGUUGUUUGAGUUGGAGUUCCAAACCAUGGGUGAGUUCUGCAAUCAUUCUAGUCGACAUUGUGUAGUAGAAGAGGGCCCAAUUAAGCUUGCUCCAGAGAAUUCUCAAGAGAGCAAGCUUUUGGUUUCCAACCAUGGAAUUGGAGAUGAAAGUUUUAAUAGUGAAUUAGGAGAGAGCCCGUUUAUGGAUGCUUUGGAGGACUCUAAAGAGAGUGAGCUUUUGGUUCCAACCUUUGGAAUUGGAGAUCAAGGUGCAGCUAACAAGGCACAGUUAACCAGCAGGGUUGCAGAGGAUUUGUCGAAAGCUUUUGAGCUCAACAACUCAAGCAGGAUACUUGAGUUAGCUGCUGACAAUGUAGGAGGAGAACUUAUGAGAUCUAAUUCAAGAAGAAGAAAUCAGAGUACAUAUAGAAGCUCCGACUACCUUCAAAGAGAUAAUUUUAUGAGAAAGGAGAAAGAGUGGAAGAGGACAUUAGCUUACAAGCUCUACGAGGAGCGAAUGACAUAUAAGCUAUGCGAGGAGCGAAUAGUCAUCGAAAGUGGUGAAGAGAUGGAUCUGCUUUGGGAGGCUUAUGAGGUUAGUGCUUCUAAGGAUGAUAAGCUGAAGAACAAUGGAAAGAAAGAAAAGAAAGUUGAGAAGGAAGAGGAAGAUCAGGCAGAGGUCGGCCAAUUGUGUUGCCUACAAGCAUUAAGGCUAUCGACAAGAAAGAUGAAUUUGGGAGUGGGGAAACCUAAUCUGAUGAAGAUAUCCAAGGUCUUGAAAGGAAUGGCGAUAUUUCAACAUAUCGGUAGACGAAGUAGCAGAAAGGGAUGAAAUUGAGCAACUUAUAGAUAAGAAGUUUAUAUGAGCAGAUAUUAGUUAAACAAUAAGCUUGAUAUGUGGCCUCCAAGUCUAUAGAAACACCUUAAGGUACCAUGUCUAUAGUAUAUAGAAUCUUGUAACUUGUUUUCUAGAUAAAUGUUUUUCCCAGCUAUUAGCUAUCAAUUCUUCUCUUUUUUCCAUUUCACUUUUGAAACAACUUACUGGCUUCUCUUGGAUCAUUUUUGUAAAAUUGUGCUCAUCUUGAGCCCUAUGAAUCUAAAUAGAAAUAUUUAUAAAUAA